AAUAAUGUUUUAUUGGAACAUAUUAAGAACCAAGUGUUUUUCUCUUUUGUUGUUGUUAUUUGUUGCCUAGUAACGUUUUGUACACAAUUUGAUAUGUACUAUGUCUGUUAUUUAGUGUGUGCUACUGUGCAAGUGUUUUAGCAGUCAAAUUAUUUUAUCUCUCAAUUUGUAUGAGUGAUAGUAAAAUUGAGUAUGACUGUCGUCGGGAGUCGGAGGAGAUCAUAUUCCGAGAAAAUAAGCAAACUUACAAACAAGGGCAUCUGCUAUACUAUAAUAUUACUAUGGCUGUGUUGAAAUAACGUGAAAGCGUCAAGACGAAGGAGAGGAGGAAACAAAAUAAUAAAAAAAAAACAUGCACGAGUGGCCUUAUAACUUGUAAAAUAUAUAAUCAUAUAAUUAUAUAUUAUUAUUAUUGCAAUCGUCGUCGGACGGAUUAUGUCGUUGUUCAAAGUCCGAGACUGUUGGUCUACCGUAUGCGGCCGGGGCGAGACUUUCGGGUGCGACGCCCUGGCGGUAGACGACCUGUUCGGCGCCGGCGAGGACAACAUUAUCCUGGGAAGCUUGGACGGUGUCCUCAGGGUGUACGGUGUGCACGCCGCCCCGCCGCCCGAUUUCCAAUACUCGCCGUCCGACCUGUUGAUCGAAGUGCAGACGGACAGUCCCGUGUUGCAGGUGUGCACCGGUAAAUUAAUCAGCUGUUCGCCCAACAAGAACAUUGCAGUUCUUCAUCCGUUUUCAUUAGUCGUACAUGGAGUGAAUUGCAUAGCUGGGUCUACAGAUCAUGGCGAUCAGUACGUACUGGAAACGAUGUACGAACACAAAUUCGACCGGAGUGCAUAUCAAAUGGUCGUGGGACCUUUCGGCGGCGGGUCGGGCAGCAGGGAUUUUGCGUGCGUCAUGUCGCUGGACGGCGCCGUCACGGUGUACGAGCAACAGGCGUUCGGUUUUCGCACGGCGUUGCCCAAUUACCUGCACCCGUUUCCCAUCAAGUACGUCCGAUCCGUCGACGGGUUUAUCACGCUCAACGCCGACCUGUGUUUGGUCUGUUACAAGUACCAAGAGCUGGCGGACCCGAGUCUGAAACAAAAGUGGCCGGUUUGGUCGUGCACCUUGGGCGAAACCGUAUACGACAUUCAGACUGUAGAAAUAACACCAUCUGCGACUACAAUACACGUACUGGGCGAACGGAACUACUAUUGUUUUCAAGGCAACGGCGUGCUGUGGUUUAUGAAACGGCUUCAGUACACUCCUUGCUGUUUUCACCCUUAUAUUUUGGGCGAACACCCCGAAACGAAGACUAUGUGUAUGAUCGUAUCCGAUACCGAUAGUGUGUUGGUGUACGAUCAGACAAAACUUCGAUGGUCAGCCAAGUUAUCCUUUCAUCCGUGUAUUAUUGCAAGAGCUUCUUUUAAAGCGUUACAGGGAUGUUUGGUCAUGUUGUCGGAAACCGGCGAUUUGAGGUUUUGUUACCUGGGCACCGAACCCAUGAUAUUUAUGGCUCCCGAAAGACCGAUCAAAGACUAUAAAGACACCAAGAACCAACUAGUUCAGUUGAAAAAGGACCUUCAAAAUAUGUCCUUGCAAGAUGAGACCGACACUCUACCACUAUUGAAAUUAAAUACUCGCAUUUUGAACUUACGUUCAGAGGGUUUGGGAAAACCAUUGUGUGACAUCGAAAUAGACGUGUCACCAUCUCUAGCCACAUCAUCAGUGCAAAUCACUUUCCAAUUGGUCGCUCCACUUGUCGUUUCACCUACAGUUAUACAUUUAAAGGAUUUGACCGAAAGCAUCACGGUCCGAGUGAUGGCGCACAGAGAAAACGACGACACCGAGUCGGCUGUGUCGUCGACGGAAUGCACUGUUUGCGCAUACUAUUCUGCGACAUCGGACGUACCGGGCUCGGUGCAGCAGACCGUCCGGUUGCCGUUGACGUUGGCUUACGAAGUCCAUUCGACGCCGUACUUAGAUUUUAGUUGGUCCGCGAAAAUAUCGGUCGACGAGAGUCCGGUGCCACUGAAAACCCUGUUCAAAGAGUUUGCCGAUUCAUCGUUAACGGAAUUGUGUUUCCGAACAAUCACUGGUAAUUCAAAGUAUGUCUGUGUUACUGCAUUACCCACCAAUCGUUCUUACGAAAUACGAUCAUCUGGUCCCGAAUACACUAAUGUAAUUCUCGAAGAGAUUUUGUUAAGGCAUAGAGAAUAUUACAAAACUAAAAAAUGCAUCGUGCGAUGUGAUAAUAAUGAAAUUCCCGUUGCGGAUUUUUAUCGGACGAUUGAGGAACAUGUAGCACUCAAAGGAAGACUCGAUAUUAUACAGGAAGAAAUUUCUUCAUUAUGUUCGCAGUACCGAAUCAUACAAAAGUGUUUAUUCAAUAAACUCAAAGAAAAUACAGUGCUUUCUGUGUCCGGUUUGAACGUAUUGAUAGACGACACACACGAAACGUUAACAGAAAAAAUUUCGGAAAUUGCACUUGUCAAACAGGAAUUAAAAGUGAAAUUUUCCCAGUUGAUGUCACUAUCGAGGCUUUUGGUCACGAUGUUGGGUCUAUGUUCUAAAAACGAUAAAAUUCUAGAAGAGUUCAAAGAAACUGUCGUUCAUUUUACUGAUAACCAGAACUGGGAAGACAUCGUCUUACAAUCGCUGAGCUAUUUGGUCGGUAACAAAAUCACGUUAAAUGUUCAAAGCGACGAUCCAGCUCACGUGGUAAUGGGCCUAAGAACACUAAUCGAUUAUGUUAUACAACAUGUAACAUCAGUAAAGGAUGAACUACAGGUCAAACCGAAGAAAGACAACACGAGAGGUGUCUCGCCUAUUCUAGAAUCCGAAGAAGAUUUUUACUCCAGUUAGUUGGUUGAACAUUUAAAAACAGAAAACAUACAUUGGGGAUAUUAUUUUGUAUUACGAUGUGUUAUAUUGAUACAACAUAAUAUAAUAUGUGGGCAUAAGCUUUCAAUGUAUAUAACUUGGAUUUAAUUUGUAAAAAAAAUGUGCGCGAAAUAUGUAUAGUUUACGAUGUAAAGUGUUGCGAUAUGAUACACAUCACGAGUUUUUUUUUGCGUACAAUUGUUAUAUACACUACGCGUCACUAAUUUUAAAUAUUGGUACAUAUUAUCGGAACGCAUAUAUAGUUUAUAUAAUAUAAUAUUAUUGUAAAUCACGUGUUGUAAACUAAAUAUUUUGUCGUCGGCAUGCACGCGGGCGGCAUUUAAAUCAGAUUUUUCCGAUAAAAUAAAUUGGACUGAAGUCUUUACAUUUAUAUGUAAAGGUACCCUAUUGAAAACGGUCGACCGUGAUUUUAAUUCCGUACGCAA